UUUGACGAAUAUAAAAGGGGAUCAAAUCCAUUGGAUUGUCACACAGUGAUUUGUGUCCAAUCUAAUAGGUUCAAUAAGUGAAUUCUACACGAGAUGUGGACUCCAUUAGUUCUAUUCGUAUUCGUUGGCCUUGCUGCCUCAGAAGGUGCCUGGAAACAAAACCACGAGUACAAAUACGAUGUUGAAACACGCACGCUAACCGCUUUGCCUGAUCUCAAGCAACAAUGGGUUGGUAUGGCCACACGUGCCCGUCUAUACAUUCGCCCACAAGCCGACAAUGUUCUCAUCGGAAAAUUAAUGAAACCCGAAUUUGCUGAAAUUCAUCAUCAACUCAACAAUGGUUGGGAUAUGGAUUUGAGUGGUGAACAACUUGCUUACCAUCAAAUGCCAAUGUCCGAAAAACCAUUCGAAGUUCGAUUGAAGAAUGGUGCCAUUCGUUCGUUAGCUGUUGACCGCACAAUGACCAACGACCAAGUCAACAUGUUGAAGGCCAUCAUUAGUCCACUUCAAGCUGACACCAAUGCCCAAAAUGAAAUCAGAUGCAAGCACAACCAAUUGCCUGAAGAACAUGGCAACAAUGCCGUCUACAAGACAAUGGAACCAACUGUUACCGGUGAAUGUGAAACUUUGUACGAUAUCUCACCACUCCCAGAAUAUUUGACCCAAAACCAUCGCGAUUGGGUUCCAAUGCCAAAAUUGAAAGGAAACGGUGAAUUCAUCGAUAUCGUUAAGACCAAGAACUUCUCCAACUGUGACCAACGUAUGGGAUACCACUUUGGAAUAACCGGACACAGCGACUUCAAGCCCAAUACCAACCAAAUGGGAGAUGCCAUGUCCAAAACUGAUGUUACUCGUAUCAUCGUCAGUGGUUCAUUGAAACACUACACCAUUCAAUCUGCCCAAACCAUCCAAAAGGUCGCUGUCAGCCCAACUUUGUACGGUGAACAGAAAGCUAUUGUUGUUGCUUCCGUCAACUUGACAUUGUCAUCUUUGGAAGAAAUCUCAUCGCACCCACAAAUCCCAGCUGGAAACCUAUUGGAAAUUGGUUCGUUGGUUUACACUUACAACUUGCCAUCUGAUUCGCAAAACCACGCUCGUCCCAUGAACAACACUUCCGACUCGUCCAGUUCGUCCAGCUCAUCAUCUAGCAGUUCAAGCUCAAGCUCUAGCAGCUCAUCCGAAUCGGGCUCAAACUCAUUGAAUGGCGACUCAAACGAUUCUGAUUCCUCGUCGUCGUCGUCAUCAUCAUCGUCUUCGUCUUCAUCUAGCGAAGAUUCAGUUGAAACUAGCCGUCAACAAAACAAGAACCAAAUGGCUAACAAGAACAACAAAAAAUCUCGUUCACGCAGAUCCAUCAAUGUUGACAACGAAAAACGCUACAACAACGCCAUCCGUAAACAAUCCACAAACAACAACGAACAAGACGAUUCAAGCUCGUCCAGCUCAAGCUCGUCAAGUGAAUCAAUGAACGCAUCAUCUCAAUCGAAUCCAGAUGAUUCUUCCAGCAGCAGCAGCAGCAGUAGCAGCAGCUCUUCAUCCGACAGCAGUUCUUCGUCAUCUUCAUCGUCGUCUGACUCGUCAGAUUCCAGCAGCUCAAGCUCCAGCUCGAGCUCUCAAUCAAUUGACAGCAGUGAAGAAUAUUACCAACCAGAACCAACUCUAAAGGACGCUCCAGAGAUGCCUUUGCUUCCAUUCUCCGUUGGCAACAAGGGACAUUCGUUCAAAUACGCCAAGCAAAUCAACCUCGUCCAAGAUGCCGAAAAAUUGGCUCAACAAAUCGGCGAAGAACUCCAAAACCCCAGCGAAAUUCCAGCCAGCAAUACUUUGAACUCAUACAACCAAUUGGCUCGUAUGAUCCGUCAAAUGAAUGGCAAGGAAAUCAACGAAGCCGCCAAUCAAUUGUACCAUCCAGACCGCGAAUUGGACGUACAAAAUACUAAAUCGCUUGUUCGUAAUGCUGCCUGGAAAGCCUACCGUGAUGCUGUCGCUGAAGCUGGUACCCCACCAGCCGCUAACCAAGUCAUGGAAUGGAUUGAAGAAAAGAAAAUCCAAGGUGAAGAAGCUGCUCAACUGAUCGCUGCUUUGCCAAAGACCAUUCGUAUGCCAACCAAUGCCUUGUUGAGACGAUUCUUCCACUUCGCCACCAGCGAAAAGGUACAAAACCAACAAAACGUAAACACCACCGCCUUGAUUGCUCUUACCAACUUCUUGAACGCUGCUCAAGUCAACAACCAAUCAGCUUACAACUACUAUCCAGUACACAGUUUCGGUCGCCUUAGUGAUCGCGACAACAAAAUUGUUCGUGACGAGGUCAUCCCACAUUUGGCUCGUGAAUUGAAACAAGCUGUUAAGGACGAAGAUAGCCAAAAAAUCCAAACUUAUAUCCGUGCCUUGGGCAACUUGGGACACCCCAAGAUUCUUAGCGUCUUCGAACCAUACCUCGAAGGACAAGUACCAGUAUCCGAUUUCCAGAGAUUGGCAAUCGUUGUUGCUCUCGAUAAACUCACCAUUAACUAUCCACGAUUGGCUCGUUCGGUCCUGUACAAAAUCUACCAAAAUGUCGGAGAAGUUCACCAAAUCCGUGUGGCUGCCGUUUUCCAACUGAUGCGCACAGCCCCACCAACCUCAAUGCUCCAACGUAUGGCUCAAUUCACACAUGAAGAUCCAUCCGAACAUGUUCAGGCUGCCGUUGAAUCCGCCAUUCGAUCAGCUGCCAAAUUGACUCAUCCAGAUCAACAAGAAUUAGCUGCUAACGCUCAAGCUGCUAAAUCCUUCUUGAACGAAGAACGUAAGGGACGCCAAUACUCACGCACCCUCUUGCGCGAUUAUGCCGAUGAACAUUUGAACUUGGCCUACUUCCAACAAAGCAGCUACAUUGGCAGCCAAGAUGAAUUUUGGCCACAAGCCCUUUUCUUAGCCACCCAACGUAACAUGGGCGGUUUGAAGAGAACUUCAGAACACUACGCUAUGGUCAACAGCAUCGAUCAACUUUUCGACAUUCUCGAUGAUCAAUACGAUGAUUCUAAAUUGCAAAAGAACCCUGAAAAUCCAAAGAACGCUCGCAAGCAACAUCAACCCGAACCCCAAUCCAACAAAUGGUCCACACAAAAGAUUGCCCAACUUUUGAACAUCAAAACCGACGAAGCUGAACAAUUGGAAGGUCAAUUGAUGGUAUCCAUCAUGAACACCAAACGUUUCUUCACCUUCGACAACCAAACUGUUGAACAAUUGCCAGCUGCUGCUAAGAAAAUGGCCAACAUGCUCCGCAACGGACACCAAUUCGAAUACAGCAAAAUGUACAACCGUGAUGUUGUCACAGUUAGCUUCCCAAUGGCCACCGGUUUCCCAUUCGUGUACACCUACAAAACUCCAACUUUGGUGAAAGUGGGAGGUGAAGUACGUCUCCGAUCCACACCAGAUUUGGCUCAAGGUACAGACGAAGAGAUUUUGUUGCCCAAAUACGCCAACAUCAGCGCCGAAAUCCAAAUGACUUAUGCUACAACCGUCAACACCAAGGCUGGAUUCGUCACUCCAUUCAACAGCCAGCGUUAUGUCGCCGGUAUCAACAAGAAGGCUCAAAUUCACUUGCCACUCCGUAUGGUCGUCGAUAUUGAUUUACGUAACAACGAAGUCAGCGCCAACGUCGAACCACUCCGUUCCAAGAAGAACUCCCAAGUCUUGCACAUGAGCAACUGGCCAUACACCUCGCGCCAAGACAUCCUCAGCUAUCGUCACGACUACAAUUUGAUUCAUGUUCGUUCCCAACGCAACAUUGAAUAUACUUUCGGUGACCGAUCCACUGGCAUGGUCUUCCAAUUCCAAGCCCAACACGAAAAGGACUUCAUCGACUUCAGCUCCGUUAAGAACAAGAUCAAAGAACAAGAUUUGACCACCGCUAUCUUGUAUCCAUUCAACGUUAAAUCCAACGAAUUCUACAACGUUAACUUGCAUUUCGAUGCUGAACAUUCGAGCAACAAAAAUGCCAAGAUCACAUUCUCAUACACCGAUGAUCAAGAAGAUGUUGGACCACAACCCACCAAUCCAAAGAACCCCAACGAGCGUCUCAACAAACAAAACGCUGCCAAUCCAUCCUCCAAGUCAGCAAACAGUGAACGUCGCCGACAAGAAUUCCUUCAAAAUGUUGCCGCCGGUAUCACCCACAGCGAAGCUCAAGUUUGGGACUUUGCCGUCGAAUUCGAAGGCAAGAACCCAGCUGAAUACGUUUUGACCAUUGCCACCGCUGACAGUCCAAUCGACGAUAAAGUGCGUAUGUUGGUAUUCGCCAAUGCCGUCAACGCCCAACCAUCCAAAAAAUCUUCACAACAAAUGCAAGCCUGUAUGACACUCAACGGAAAAUUCCCCAACACACCCACAUUGAACUUCAAACAUGCUUUGGAACACGAUGCCACCUCAAACAUCGAUGUAACUUUGAACUUUGGUGAAAAAUGCUCGCAAAAUGCUGCUCACAUUCAAAUCAAGGCCAAGCUCCAACAAACCGAAGAACGCAAAGCCCUCAUUCGCCAAAGUGAUGUCGGCAAACAAUGUUUGAAACAAAUGGAUCAAGGACAAUAUCAAAUGCAAGCUUGUCGCAAGGUCACAUCAUGGGCCAACAAAUUGGACCGUUACGAAAUCAGCAUUGAUUACGACAACGUUCCAUCCCAAUUCAAGGACUGGACAUACAGAUUCUAUGGAGCUGCCCGUCACAUUGGAUACCAAUACUAUCAAGAAAACAACAUGGUCAACAACAAGAACGGCCGCAUUGAAAUCGAAACUCAAUUCGCACCCAGAUUGGACGCCCUCAAUGUUACUAUUCAAUCGCCAAAAAUGCAAGGAGAAUUCCGUGAUGUUCGUUUGAACAAAAUCGCCGCUACGGCUUUAGUCAUCAAACCAUCCAACAACUGGUCUGAUCGUCUAUACAACCGUGCCAUCCAAUACAGAGACGUCUGCGUUCUUGACAAGGACUACUUGAACUCCUUCGACAACAACACCAUCGAGCAAAACCUUGGUAAAUGCUGGCACGUCAUGUUACAAACCGUAGACCGUUAUGAUGCCAACGAAUCACAAUCGUCCGAAGAAGAUGAAGAUCAACAAAUAACUGUUAUGGCUCGUGACUCUGCCACCGAUAGCAACCAAAAGGAUGUUUUGAUCGUCGUUGGUCAAAACGACGGCAACGACUAUACCGUCAAAUUGACACCAGGUCAAAGCGCCGAAUCCACACCACGUGUUUACAUCAACGAUGUCGAACAACACCCAACUCAAAACCAUGCCGUCGAAAUUCACUCCGACGAUGAUGCCAAUCAGCCAAUCAUCCGUAUCUUUGCUCUUCCAUCCCAUGAAGUUACCGUUGAGGUCCGUGACAUGCUUGUUGAAGUCACAUACAACGGACACACCGUCAAAUUGGGAGCCGACUCUGAAUUGAGAAACGAUGUUCGCGGUAUCUGCGGAACAUUCAAUGGCGAAAAACACGACGAUAUGACCUCACCACAAAACUGCAUUCUUCGUCGUCCACAUCAAUUCAUCGCCUCGUGGGCUGUUGCCGAUCAAGAUUGCCAAGGACCAGCUAAACAAUUGCAAUUGGAAGCUAAACAAGCCACUUGCUUGGAAAAGAACGUUUUGUACGGAAAUGUGAUCAGCGAAUCGGAAGCCGGCAGAAAGCGUUACAACGUCUUGAGACAACACAACCAAUCGUCCAGCUCCGAAUCGUCUGACUCAAGCGAUUCAUCAUCCUCGUCCUCGUCUUCAUCCUCAUCAUCUUCGUCAUCCGAAGAUAGUAGCAUGAACAAGGAGAACAACAGCAAAUACAAUAAUGACAACAAAAAUAAUAAGAACCAACAACGUACAUUCAAGAACCAAUACGAUAAGGACACCAAAACCAUUCAACAACAUCAAUACGAACAAGUCGGUAGCGAAUUGUGCUUCAGUUUGGAAAAACUUCCAGCCUGCCCAGAAGGUUACAAAGCCGAAAAGAAGUACGAACAAGCAGUUGAUGCUCACUGUCAACCAGCUCAUCAGCCAAGUGCUUUGUUCUACAAGGAACAAAUUCGCAAGGGAAACAACCCAAGUGACUUAAAGACCAAAACGAUUAGCCGUAAAGUCACUUUCCAUGUUCCCCAGAACUGCAUUCGUGCUUAAGCGUCGUUUGACUCGACAUCGAAAUGUUUAAUUUAUUGACAAUUUUUGUUAAAUUUAGUAUGUAAGCGCAAAGGAAAUGAGUGGUCAAUUAAACGAUUCAUUCAAAAAAAAA